AUGCAGAUUUUCACCAAAACCCUUUCAAGGAAGACCAUCACCCUCAAGGUUAAAGUCUUGGAUACCAUAGAAAAUGUAAAGGCCAAGAUCCAGAAGAAAGAUGGAAUUCUUCCUGGUCAACAAAGACUGAUCUUUGCCGGGAAAGCAGCUGGAAGAUGGAAUACCUUAUCUGACUACAACAUUCAAAAGGAGUCUACUCUUUACCUACUGUUGGGACUUUGCGGUGCUAGAAAAAACAAAGUUUUACACCACUCGGCUAAGCUGUCUGUCCCAAAAUACUAUAAAACUGAGCAUGGACUACUCGUGGAAUGCUGUGUGCCCACUACUAACCAAGACCAUCGCCAGGUCCCCGAGUCCAGGCUGCUUGCAGGCCUCACAGUGCCUUCUCUGAGCCCAACCCACCUCAUGCUUACUCCUCCCAGUGGCCUCACCAUUGGCAUUUCAGCAACAGCCCGCUCCCCCUAA